AUGUCAUUUUACAAAAAAGUAACUAAGGGUUUAGUCACACCUUUACAAGGACCAAUAAACCUUUUCAGCGGUUCACCCAAUGUCAGUGGCGACGAAGGAACAAAUACAGAUAAUGAGAAUCCUGAUCAUAAAACAACUUAUCGUUCCUUAUCAGGACGAGUGAACCAUGAUGAUGAUGACGAAGAUGUUGCCAAAUUAGAAGAUAUAGUUGGGUUUUUCACGGGGUUAUUGGAUACUACGACACUUUGUGCUGGAUUAGGAAGUUUGAACAACUUGAAAAAGCAUUACUUGGAUGAAUUUAUCAAGAAAAGUGCGUUGAAUCCAUUGAGACCACAAAAUUAUGGACCAGAAACGAACAGUAAACUCAACAAUAAUUCCAUUGAAGAAUUACUAAAUAAUGGUGACGCGAGUUUGGAAAAAGUCCGAAAAAUGAGUUUAUAUGAUUUUGAUGAACAUACCUCAGAUUCAGAAGAGGAAGAUUCAGCUGAUGAGGAAGAGGAACUGAUAGCAGAAAAUUUGAAACCAGGAAAAAGCGAAAAAGUCAAGAAUCACGUUAAGGGCUCGGGAAAUACGACUGCUGCUGCCACCUUAGUCGCUACUGGUAUAACGCCAACGACAACAACAACAACAACAGCUACCCCAACUCCAACACCAACAAGCUCAGUCGAGACAGCACUAACAGAUGUAACAGAACCAAUAGGUAAAGUCAUCACAGAGAUUCCCGAAGAGCAACUACAGGGCCUCAAUCCAUUACAAAAAUCUGUUGUGAAAAAUUUGGAUCCUCAUCACAUAAGAGAAGGAGUGUUAAUCAAAGUUAAAAAUUCAGAGACUCCUCUAAAGAAUAAUCGCCAGGAACUACUAGAAAAGAUUCAGUUACGAUUAAAAAUUGCUGAUAAAUUGCAAAGAGUUUUCAAUUUAAGUGAUGACGAUACGUUUUACGGAAAUUUCAGUGCUUGGCUUAUAAAAGACGUAUUGCUACAAGGACACGUGUAUCUUACAAAAGAUGCGCUACUUUAUUUUGCAUUCUUACCCAAAAGGUUCAGUCUUGAGAAUUCAUCAGAAGUGUUAGACGAGGAUAAUUCUUCAAGUAUUGUUUACUCAGGAAACUUGGGACUCAAAAGUGCAAAGUAUGGCGAGGUUGUUCUCAAUACUGUUCUCCAACACAGAUAUUGGGCUGUUCUAAGAGCUGAAACUUUGAGUAUUUAUUCAUCAUCGACUAAUUUGUAUUUCCCUGUGUUGGUAAUUGAUAUUAAGAAGUGCUUAUACGCCGAAGUUAUUGAUAAAGAAAAAUUUAACCGAGAGGCAAUUUCACCAGUGAACCGUGGUACAUAUAGUCCUAAUGGUGGAUUAUCAGGUACUGCAACUCCAAGAACAUCAACAUUGGAAAAUACGGCUUCAGAACUUAAUAGCAUGCUUUCUGGCGACUCAUACAGUCCAACCGAAGACAACGUCGAAACAACAGCAACGACUGUGUGGUUUAAAUUGGUUACGAAAAAGAAAACCUACAAAUUUAGUUGCGAUAGCUCAUUUUCAGCCAGACAAUGGUGUAACAACAUCACCAAAUUGAUUUUCCAGCACAACAAUGCCAAUUCCAACGGUGAAGUUUUAAUUAAAAUCCCAAUUUCCAAAAUAAUUGAGUAUAACAAAAGAGCAUUGUUUAGCGAGGAAGAAGAAGAAGAGAAGAAUUUGGACGCAGCAAUGAACGAUAUACCGUUAAAUGUAACAAUAAAAUACUUGGGUGAUAACGAAAACGAACGAAAGAGAGAUAAAUUGAAAAGAAAAUACAAAGGCGAAGAGUCUACAACUGAGGAAGUUCACUUUUUAUUUCCCAAAAGUGGUAUUGAGUUUUUUGAAACGUUUGAUAACUUGAUGAAUCCUGUUGUCCUGGACAAUGACAACCAAUCAUCAAGGUCAUCUAUCACGAGUACCAAUUUUUCCGAAAAGGCGAUAUCCACUUUGAGUAAAUCACCGAACCAUUUGGUGCAGACAGUGCUUGACUUUAACAAGCCCGUCGAUGACGAUAUUUCACCUUUUAAGAAGUUGGGGACUACAAUAACAUCACCAACAAGAAUUUUUAAGGCUACUAUCACAUCACCAGAAAUGACUAGCAUUGAUGCAACUAGCUUGAGAGAGAGCUUUGAUGGUGACCGUCUUCACCUCCCCAGAGAGAUGUCCGAGAGAGCAUUGAAGAAUUUGGAGGUUUCAUUUGUAACUAGUCUCAAGAAAUUGGAAGAUGCGUCAAAGAGGUACGAGAAACCACAUAUGGACUAUAACCAGACAAAUCUGGCUUCGAUAUUAUCUGAUCCGUCAGAAGUGAAAAAACAAUCGAAAACAGCUAUACUGAAGAGUAUCAAGGCUUUAUAUAGUGUUGGGACACAUUGGUCAGCAACCCCGAAUCAUUACUUUGAACUAGGCAAGUAUUAUGUUAGCAAAGUGCAGGAUAGAGACUCGUCUCAAAGAAACUUUCAAUCUCAUUUUUCUACAAAUUCGAAAUUGCUUGCAUCCUAUUAUGGCCAUUUAUUGAGAACAGUUCCAGUAUAUGGUAAAAUAUAUGUAUCUGACACUGAUGUCUGUUUCAGAAGUUUAUUGCCUGGAGUAUCCACGAAGAUGGUGUUACCAAUGACUGAUAUUGAAGAGGUAAGAGCUUCACGGGGUUCGAGAUUGACGUAUCAUGGAUUAAGGCUUAUUGCACGAGGAAGCGAAGAGUUGGAUCUUGAAUUUGGCUCUUCCAAAUCGAGAGAUGAUUUCCAAAAAGUUGUUCUUAGUGUUUUGGAAAAAUUGCAUUCGAAGGAAGGGUUUAGACCCGAACCGUAUCAAUGGGGUAGUAAUUUUGAAGUUGAAUUAUACAAGACAAGAAUGGAAUACAGUGAUUCUGAAAAUAGAGAAAUUCAACGAUAUGAUAAUCUGAUUGAUAUCAAAUUUGCAGAAAAGAGAAUUGAAAUGGCGAGAGUGAGAAUGUUUGAAGACAGAUUAAUGGCUGCUUCAGGGUUGGACGUACCCAUUAUAUUGGAGGAUUCUCCUUUUUUCAAAACAGAAUUGCGACCAUCUACUUCUUAUAAUGUCACGUUAUUAACUAUUGGAUCAAGAGGUGAUGUCCAACCAUAUAUUGCAUUGGGUAUAGGAUUAGUGAAAGAAGGUCAUAAUGUCACCAUUGCCACUCAUGCAGAAUUUGGUGACUGGAUAAAAACUUUUGGGUUGGGGUUCAAAGAGAUUGCUGGGGAUCCAGCCGAGUUGAUGUCUUUUAUGGUAACCCAUAACUCUAUGUCCGUGGGGUUUUUGAAAAAUGCCCAACAAAAGUUUAGGUCUUGGAUCUCAAAGUUGUUGACUACAAGUUGGGAAGCCUGUCAAGGUUCUGAUAUUUUGAUUGAAAGUCCUUCUGCUAUGAGUGGGAUUCAUAUUGCUGAAGCAUUAGGGAUACCAUAUUUCAGAGCUUUUACCAUGCCCUGGACACGAACUAGAGCUUAUCCACAUGCAUUCUUUGUACCAGAUCAAAAGAAAGGAGGCUCAUACAAUUACUUAACUCACGUUUUAUUUGAGAAUAUAUUUUGGAAAGGUAUUUCUGGACAGGUUAAUAAAUGGAGAGUUGAGGAAUUAGAUUUACCGAAGACCAACUUAUACAGGUUGCAACAGACAAAAGUUCCCUUUUUGUAUAACGUCUCACCCGCCAUAUUACCCCCCUCUGUCGAUUUCCCAGAUUGGAUUAAAGUAACAGGAUAUUGGUUUCUAGAUGAAGGUUCUGGAGAUUACAAACCACCCGAAGAACUUGUCCAAUUUAUGAAAAAAGCAUCACGAGACAAAAAGAAGAUUGUUUACAUCGGAUUUGGUUCUAUUGUAGUGAAAGAUGCAAAAUCUUUAACCAAGGCUGUGGUGUCUGCCGUGAGGAGAGCCGAUGUUCGUUGUAUUUUGAAUAAGGGUUGGUCCGACAGGUUGGACCAUAAAGAUAAAAACGAAGUUGAAGUUAGCUUGCCACCGGAAAUCUACAAUUCUGGAACUAUACCCCAUGAUUGGUUGUUUCCACGUAUUGAUGCUGCUGUCCAUCAUGGAGGCUCCGGGACGACCGGUGCUACCAUGAGAGCCGGGAUACCAACCAUUAUUAAACCAUUCUUUGGAGAUCAGUUUUUCUAUGCGACGAGAAUCGAAGAUUUGGGUGCUGGUAUUGCAUUAAAAAAAUUGACAGCCAGAACUUUGGCAGAUGCUCUUAUAAAGGCUACACACGAUUUGAAAAUCAUAGAUAAAGCAAAGAGAGUUAGUCAACAAAUAAAACACGAACAUGGAGUGCUUUCCGCAAUAGAAUCAAUUUAUUCAGAAUUAGAGUACUCGAGAAAUUUGAUAUUGAUCAAAGAUAUUCAUAAUCAGAAUUACAAACGUCAUCAUCCAGUACCUUCGGGUGUUCAAACUCCUGCUUAUGACACUGACAGCGAUGAUUAUGUUGAAGAAGAUGAUGAUUUCGAUGAAGACGAUGAUUCUGAUGAAGAGGAAGGAGAUAAAGAGAAUUUGCAGGAUGAUUAUGUUGGAAAUAGGGUCAAUCUCAGCCCCAAGGAAACGUUGUCCAACUAG